AGGAGGACGAUCCGGAGUCGAGGCUCGAAAUUGUCGGAGGAUUUGGAAUAUAUUUCUAAUACCCUGCGACCGCAGCCCGAAGGAACCACCUGGCAUGUUUCUCGAGACCCUCUAACCGGAUAUCUCUUUUCUGCCGCGAGGAUGUCUCCUCUUUUGACAGUUCUUGGUCUAUAUGUAGUAUGGAAUUCAUUCACGGAGACGCUUUCCUACACCGAGGAGGUCGUCAACUACCAUGCUCGCCCGGUCAUCUACGGCCCGCAGCGAGUCCAGUUUUUGGGGCCCUCGAGGAGAUGGCCGGAGCCAUGGGACGGUGGUCCCAGAAGAGGACCUCUGAGUCGCAGAGACACGCAGGAUCGUCCUUACCAAGUUCUGAGGGUGAGCGAAAACACGGACCGCACCGAUACCCUGGCUACCAUCAGCGAAACUCUCGGCGCUCUGAACACCGUGGGCAGUUACAUAGUCAACAUGACCCGCGGGGUCGAAAAUUCGGCAAAUCCGCCGAAAGAGUUGCCAACGGCUCUUUACACGAUCUCGAAAAACAUCCUGGGAAGGAACGUCACCGACAGCAUAGCGCCCCUCGUGCGCGGCGUGGCUCUUCCUCUUCGCCCGGCCUCGCCGACGUCCACGUCCUCUUCUCCUGCCUCGACCCACAUCGGCGAGGUACUCUCCGACAGGGACAAGGAAUCCCAGGGGAGUCCCUCCGUGUGCACGACAGCCGACGACGGUCCUGGAAAGUGUCAGGACCUCAGCAAUUGUCCCCAACUGCUGCUUGACCUUACCAAACUCAGGCAGUCCAUCUGCUUCAAGAGCCUCUUCGUGCCGGGAGUCUGCUGCCCCGUAGACGGCUCUGCAAGUACUCUCGGUGGAAGCUCAAUCAUUCAACCCAUUACACGCCCACCGCGUCCAACUCACAGGCCAACGAGGCCUCCAACUCCAAAACCGAUACCAUUGCUUCCGGUGCCAGGUACUACCGCUCUUCCCAUCACUUCCGUAGUACCUGUUCCGGAUAUAUUGUCCAAUGACUCCAGCAGCUUCGAAGCAGUUGAAAACAACUUCAUCCAGGACGACGAGGAAUGCGGAGUGCGGAACGCGGGCAAGUAUCGCGUGGUAGGCGGAGAGGAAGCAUUGCCAGGUCGAUGGCCAUGGAUGGCGGCGAUAUAUCUCCAUGGGUCACGGCGAACGGAGUUUUGGUGCGGCGGCUCGCUGGUGGGUCCACGACACAUCCUCACGGCGGCCCAUUGCACCCGGGACCAGCGUCAACGACCGUUCGCCGCUCACCAGUUCACGGUGCGGCUGGGAGACAUCGACCUCGAGAGAGACGACGAGCCGUCCUCGCCGGAGACCUACGGCGUAAAAGAGAUCAGGGCUCACCCGAAGUUCUCUAGAGUCGGGUUCUACAAUGACAUCGCUAUCUUGGAGCUCAACAGGCCGGUCAGGAGGUCGCCCUACGUGAUUCCCAUUUGCCUGCCGCAGGUGCGGUUCAAGGGACAGGCUUUUGCAGGGGCCAGACCUACGGUCGUUGGCUGGGGCACCACCUAUUAUGGUGGAAAGGAGAGCACGGUCCAACGACAAGCUGUUCUUCCUGUUUGGAGGAACGAGGAUUGCAACGAAGCCUACUUUCAACCUAUCACGGGUAAUUUUUUGUGCGCUGGUUACAGUCAGGGCGGAAAAGACGCCUGUCAGGGAGAUUCUGGGGGUCCUUUGAUGCUCAGAGCUGACGGUCGCUGGAUGCAAAUCGGUAUUGUCUCCUUCGGCAACAAAUGUGGAGAACCUGGAUAUCCUGGAGUUUAUACGCGGGUUACGGAAUACGUCGACUGGAUUAAAAAGAAUUUGCAUUAAUUAUCGUCCUUGCGACGGAUCUCGGUAAUUCUGAUAAAUAUCGAUUUUGCGACGAGACUUCUUGAUUUAUUGGAAGAAUCAUUUUUUAUCGGCCGUCUAGAUUUUAUCGUUGGCUCUGAUGCAUCAAUCGUGGCUUGCAAACAUCGAAAAUUCAUGUUGUAGAGACCGUUUAAUUGCAUACACUGUUGGGAUCAAUGUUCGUCACGCGAGUUGAUUUCGGUUAUCUCGCUCUUGGUGAGGUGUACGUUAGUUAAUUAUUAAUAUUCAUCAGAACUGCGAUAAACACUUGAAGUCAAGCUUAGGAACCCCUUUUGUAUAAUUGUACGCGAAGAACGUGAUUCAAGGAUAUUCCCCGUAAAUUAGGUAACGUAUAAUUGUACAUAUAUAAAUAAUAAUACUUAGUUGUCGAAGUGUACGCGUAUGACGAUUUCGAUAUACCGUACGCAUAUGCAUUUAGCAGAACGACGAUGUAUAGGUAAUAAUCGAAUGAAUAAAUUAUUGACUUGCAAUUAGAAUUAACGCAUGGAUGUAUAAGUACAUGACCUAGUGAGACGAUGACACGAAUAUGAUAUAAAUGUAGCCAUUUUUUUUGGAAUCGUUUACCUUUAUUUUCAGAGAAAAAAACAACUCAUCUUUUUGAUCAA